GAUGAUGCAUACAUGUCAACUAUGGGUGUUGGCUCCAAUAUUUCGCAUUGGUCUCAAACGAAUGACAUGCAUUUCGAUGACCAUGAGUUCGAGGUGGACGAGGAUGGUGAGGGCAUUGUCGACGCACCGAAAGGAAGAGCAGGCAAUUACACCAACGUUGAAGACAUCUUACUAUGCAAUACUUGGUUGCAAGUGUCGAGGGAUCCAUCCGUUGGAGGUGAUCAAAGUAGAGAUGCUUAUUGGCUUCGGAUGAAGGAACACUUUGAUGUUCGCAACGCGAGUGGAAUUGACCGCUCCAAUCGAUCUCUUCACUCUCGGUGGUCGACAAUCAACAAGAAUUGUCAAAAGUGGGUGGCCGCACGAAAGGUGGUUGAUAAGUUGAACCCAAGUCGCACUAAUGAGGACGAUAGAUACAAUAUUGCACAAAACUUGUUCAAAGGAGAGGAGAAGAGGACCAAGAAGGGGAAGAUCAAGAAAGGAAGUCCAUUUACCUUGCCUCGUUGCUAUGACGUGUUGAAGGAUGAUGAGAAAUGGCAGAAGCGUGAUGAUAUAGAUGGUUUGGAUUUGAGCAACAAACGCAAGCGAACAAUCGAGUUGGAUGAUGAUGAUGAGGAGGAUGCAUCAAGUGAUGAUGGCAAAAGAAGCCCCACACCCAACUCGGUUUCAUACUCAAAGCCAAAACGGCCGGAUGGAACCAAGAAAGACGCAAAAGAAAAGAAGAAGAUGAUGAGCUCAAAAAUGCUAUGGAAUCUAUUGUGAAGGCAAGAAAAGAAGCCAACGAGGUGAGGAAAAUGGCAAGGAACCAAGAUGCCGCGGCCGAGGAGAGGAGGUUAGCGGCCGAGGAGAGGAGGGUGGCGGCCCAGGAGAGGAAGGUGGCUUUGGAGGAGAGGAAGGUGAGAAUGGAGGAGCGAUCUAGAUUGUUGGAUUGGGAGAAGCACUUGUUCUUCUUGGACACAUCUAUCCUCAAUGAGGCGCAAAAGGAGUAUGUCAAUCUUGCCCGUGAAGAAGUCUUGAUCCAAAAAAGAGCCAUGAUUCUCGCCAUGGGUGGCGGUGGCCUUGGCGGCAUGGGUGGCGGUGGCCUUAGCGCCAUGGGAGGCAUGGGUGGCUUCGGAGCUACCAUGGGCGGCAUUGGUGCCAUGUGUGGCUUUGGAGCUACCAUGGAGACCAUGGGAGGCAUGGGUGGCUUUGGACCACCUCCCGGCGCCAUGGGCGGCAUGAGUUUUGCGUCUCUCAUGGAAGGCAUGGGUGCACCUCCGGCCGCCAUGGGCGGAAUGUCUUCCGGUGUGCCUCACACACCUUUCCAUGAAGAUGCCGUUGAAGAUCUUGCCAACACCGUCCGAGCUUCACGUGAUGCGGCGCGUGACAAUGAUGAAGAGGAGGAAUAAUCGUCUUCAGAGGAGUCGGAUGAAUCGGAGGAAGAUGAGGACGAAGACGAGGACGAGGCUUGAUUGUUGAUGUGUCUUUCGUUUGUGUCAUGAACUUCAUUUGCAUUUUGAACUUGGUUGGAUGAACUUGUUGGCAUGAAUUUGA